AUGGCCUCCUUCCCUGCGGAGCCCGCCUCGUCGGCCGGCCGAAGCGAGGCCGAGGGCGGCGGGGGCGAGCCGCGCAAACUUGUGCAAACUUUGGCGCCCGCCCCUUCGCCCCAGGCUCCUCCCGGCAGCGGGGGAAGCGAGGCGGGCGCGGCGGCGGCGGCGGCGGCGGCGGCUGCAACGGCAGCGGCGUUGCCUUCUCCGUCUUCCCCGCCGCCGCCGCGCUUCUCCCCGGAGCAGGUCUCGUGCGUGUGCGAGGCGCUGCUGCAAGCCGGCGACCCGGGCCGCCUGGGCCGCUUCCUGGGCUCGCUGCCGGCCGACGAGGCGCGCCGCUUGGAGGCGCAGCCGGGCGCGGCGGGCGAGAGCCUGGCCAAGGCGCGGGCGCUGCUGGCCUUCCAGCGGGGGGACUUCGCCGAGCUGUACCGCCUGGUGCAGAGCCGGCCCUUCGGCGCGCCCCACCACCCGUUCCUGCAGGACCUCUACCUGCGCGCCCGCUACCGGGAGGCCGAGGCGGCGCGGGGCCGGGCGCUGGGCGCCGUCGACAAGUACCGCCUGCGCAAGAAGUUCCCCCUGCCCGGCACCAUCUGGGACGGCGAGGAGACCGUCUACUGCUUCAAGCGGCGCUCGCGGGCCGCCCUCCGCGACUCCUACGGCCGCAGCCGCUACCCCAGCCCGGAGCAGAAGCGCCGCCUGGCCCGCGACACCGGCCUCUCGCUCACCCAGGUCAGCAACUGGUUCAAGAACCGGCGCCAGAGGGACCGCAGCGGCGGCGGCCAGGGAGGAGGAGGAGGAGGCGGCGCCGGCGGCACGCCCAGCAAGAGCGAAUCCGACGGGAACCCCAGCACGGAGGACGAGUCCAGCCAUGGCCCCGAGGAAACCGAAGCCGCCGUGGGGGUUCCGGCCAUGCCCGAAGGGAUUCCUGCCUCUGGCGGCCUCUUCCUGCCGGCCGCCUGUUCCAGCGCCUCUUCCAUCCUUCUGAACGGCAACUUCAUCACUGCCAGCUCCCCGACUAUGCUCCUCAAUGGAGGAUCGGUGAUCCAGACCCCCAGCGGAGGCGUCAUCCUGAACGGGUUGGCUCUCGGGGAGAACCAGACCAUCACCCUGAGCCCCGUGGCGGCACCUAGCCCGCCCGUCCUCCUGAAUGGCUCUGCUACCUUGCUGAGCGGCAAAACCUCGGUCGCCAACAGCCAGGAGGUCUCCAAGGCGCCGCAGGAAUCCCUCCCCUCAGCCGCCGUCAUCCUCAGCCCUCCUGGGGAGGUGAAGUCCGAAACCGCCGAGGCGCUGGUGUAUGGCGUGGGAGUGAAGUCCGAGGAGGGGCCGGCGGCUGCCCCGCACCUUCUGACUCUCCCAGACGCCUCCACGCUCCUCUCUGACCACAAGGGCACCUUGUUGACGGCCGUUCCCAUGUCUCAAGUCGUCCCAUCGGAUGAAGAUGCUCCCCCAGCCGCUCAGCUGCCCCCGGUGGCUCAGCCGGCCUCCACGUCCAGCCCCCAGAUCGUUCCUCUUGCUAAACUAAUCUCUGGCACUCAAGCCCUGUCCAGCCCCCAGGUGACAGUGGCAACAGCCGGUGGGCAGGUCGCUUUGCCGCCGCCUCCUCCAGCGACUGCAGCUACGCCCCUCCUUUCCAUUCCGGGCUCCUCCCCAGCCCAGGCUACCGUCCUCCACGUUCCCGCCCCUUCUCUGCUCCCCCUCGCCCAAGUUUCGCCCCCCUCCCAGGUCGUGCCUUUGUCCCAGCCCGUUUCGGGCUCCCAAGUGCUCUCCCCGUCUCAGAUGGUGCCCAUGUCCCCCACGCAGAUUUACACGGUGCCCCAGGGGGCCUCCGCCCCUCAGCUCGUCUCCCUCCCCCAAGUGGCCCAGGGGUCCCAGAUUAUUUCUCUUCCCCAAGUGGUGCCCACCUCCCAAGUCGUGACACUGCAGCAGGGCGUGGGCAGCCCGAUCCAGAUCCUGACCAGCGCCGCCCCCAUCAAGGUGGGGCCCGUGGGAGGGACGCCGCAGGCGCCGACGUCGUGUGGGAGCCUCAGCCACAGCAAUGUGCACCUCAUCAACACCAACGUGAGCAUGACGGCCCUUCAGCUUCCAGGCACGACACCAGGGAACAUCCUCUUGACAAACCCAGUUACAGGCGGCGGCACCAUCGUUACGGGCAUGGCUCUGCAGCAGGGCAAGCUCAUCCUGACCGCCACCUUUCCCGCCAGCAUGUUGAUGGCGCCCAUCCUGUCCGGUCCAGCAGGCCCAGCCCUGGCCCUGCCUAUCAAGCAGGAAGUGGCCACAACACCACCGGCAGCUCUGGAAGACCACGACGCCGGCAACAUGCUGCUCCCUGGGAUCAGCCCCGUCCUGCCUUCUGCCGUCCCCUCUCUUUCAGCCUCGGACAGCCCCGGGUCACCGGAACUGGCGUUCGGCACAGACUCUGGCCAAACCAACCUCCUUUCGAGCUUCUCCCAGCCUGACGGCCUGACGAUGUCCCAGCAGCAGGUGGUCUGGUCCGGCCCGGUCGGCAUGGACCUCCAAGGGCCCAGCUCCGAGGGGCUGUUCGAGAUGGACAAGGGUCCCUUGGAAGGGCAGAGCGGCCUGCUUCGGCUCCCAGAGGGGGAGGGCCUCUUACUGGAUGCCUCCGGCGGUGACCCCAUGGAUCCCGAGGCACUCGACUCUGACGAGAAGGUACUGACCCAGCUGCAGUCCGUUCCGGUGGAAGAGCCUCUGGACUUGUAAAAACGGGCAGACGCGGGCAAAGUGGGUCGACCCCGGGCUUCGCCUCUUGCCUGUGGAACAGCUCCAUCACUCUGAAUCCUUCCGUCUCGCUCCUGCCGGCUCCGGAGACCGGCUGCCGAUUUGGGAAUGCUAGAAGUGCCUUCGUAAGGGAAACCCUUUCCCGGAUACGUCUU